GGAGGAGGAGUCUAGGGACGAGGAGGCUUCGACGGAGAUGGCUCCGAAGAAGUUGCGGAUUCGUGGGGAAGCGCAGGUUCCCGAUGAGAGUAAGGAACCUGCUACGGAGGAUGAGAAGUGGCUCCUUGUCCCAGGAAAGAUAGAGAAUUUCACAUACACGGGGAAGAAUGUCCGCGUGCCAGGGAGUCUGAUUGGAGCUGCUAUUAGGAAGUACUGGCCGGGGAUGUACACUCCGGUCCUUGGGGGCGAGUCCAAGCUAGCCUACACUUGGGAAGACUUUGAGAUAGCGCCUUACCCUGGCUUUACUUCCGCCGCCGACGCCGUGAUCAAGAAGUUUUGGCGCAAUUAUAGGGUGGCGACUGAGCAUAAGGAGAGGGCGGACGUGGUGCUCCGUAACAUGUGUCGGAAGUUGACACGGCAGCAGUGGUACAACCAGAGGAUCACGUGCAUCGGCCACUUCUAUGCUGAGCAGGGCGUAAGGUACACAAAGCCUGAGAUUGUGCAGGGACUCGCCCCGGCUAUGACGAUAGAUGACUUCAUGUCGGUUGUACCACAUUGGGCUGAUAAUAAUAAGAGGGCCGCCUUCAUGGAGUUGGUCAAGAAUUGGGUCGGCGAAAACCCCGAUUUCAAGGCCGUGAGCGACCGAACAAGGCCAACCGUGGGAAUCGGGGAACACACACUCGCGGGAGCAGCAGCGACCGAUCGCUAUCGGGAGCGGUCCGGGUCUGUGCCGACGGUGACACCGUCGGCACAGUCUGCUGCCCAGCCCGCGUUUUCCCAGUUCAAAUCAAAACGUUUUCCCGCCGGUUCUGGAAAAAAAAAAGAUGAAACCGUAGCCGACGGUGAAACCGCUCGCACGAGUGGGCACGUUGACGGCAGCUCGGCGUGA